AUACAAAUGUCUUGGGGAAAGUUAUUUAAGCCUCACACACUCCCCAUGGACUUGCACUCUCUCCUAUCGGACCAACACCGCCAGCUCGCCGCCGCCGAAGCCAUGGAAUCGAACCUCGACUUCGCCUUCCGCCUCCAGUUACAGGAAGCCCUCGCGGCCUCCCUCGCCUCCCAGCCCUCCUCUUCCUCCGCCGCAGCUAUCGAACAACCCGUCGUCGUCGUCGACGACGACGAUGUCAACGCGACGACGCUGCAGCGCCAGGAGCUGGCUCGUCUGGAUCGUGAGAUGAAGGACCGAGAACACAGCGAGGCGGAGACGCAAAAAAUGAGGGAGGAACUCUGCCGUCGGAUCCACGACGAGAAGGUGGCGAGGGAGAUUUCCGCGAUUCCCGAGAAGGACUGGGAGCAGUGGGGCGACAACUUCGAGAAACCGUUCGGAGAGGGCUCGUCCUCUUCGUUGGGGAGUAGAGAGGAGGGCGUUGUUAGGGUUUACUUCAAGGGUUUGGUGAGCGAGGAAAACGUGAGGGGGCAGAAUGUCGUGUUGUCUGGGAUCGGGGUUGCGAUUUGCGACCUAAGCGAUAAUCUGAUAUUCGAGGUUUCUAAGUCGCUCGUUGGGAAUGACACUAGCAAGGUCGCUGCAGAGAUUAAGGCUUUAAUUGAGGCUUUCAAUGCCGCCAUUGCUUUGGACUUGAAGCGCGUCGUUUAUUGCUGCGAUUAUUAUCCCCUUUUCCAAUUUGUGAGUGGAAAAUGGCCUGCAAAACAGUGGAAGAUUGCUAUGUUGGUUGAUCAAGUGGAUCUGCUUCAAAGGAAGUUUUCAUACUGCAAUCCAAGGCUUGUGGCCAGACAUAAUGUCAAGUUUGCAUUUAAGCUUGCAAGAGAUGCCAUUGAGUCUCAGUCCACGAGGCCUGCGGAAUCUGGGAGUAGGAGGAGUUUGAAUGAAACUUGUGUCAUAUGUUUGGAGGAAACUGAUGCCAGUCAGAUUUUUUCAGUUGAUGGCUGUCAACACCGCUAUUGCUUCUCGUGCAUGAAACAGCAUGUGGAGGUGAAGUUACUUCAUGGAAUGGUGCCAAAGUGCCCUCACGAGGGGUGCAAGUAUGAGCUUCUAGUCAACAGCUGCCAGAAGUUCUUGACUCAAAAGUUAACUGAGACCAUGCAGCAACGAAAAUUGGAAGCUUCAAUUCCUGUUGCUGAAAAAAUUUAUUGCCCUUAUCCUAGAUGCUCUGCAUUAAUGUCAAAAACUGAGGUUUUAGAGUACUCGAGAAAUAUCAUCGAUCAAUCUGAACAAUCUGGAGUCAAGAAAUGCCUAAAAUGUCAUGGUCUUUUCUGUUUUAAUUGCAAGGUCCCUUGGCAUAGUGGUAUGACAUGUAAUACUUACAAAAGGAUGAAUCCUAAUCCUCCUGCAGAAGAUUUGAAGCUGAAGUUUCUUGCAUCAAGGAGCCUAUGGCGACAGUGUCUGAAGUGUAACCAUAUGAUUGAACUUGCUGAAGGUUGCUAUCACAUGACUUGCAGUGUUAUUGAUGAUGGAUGACAGAUUAUAACAACCAAUUAAAAAUCUGCCAUAUGAAUAUGGUAGAUUGAUUGUGGCAAAUGGUGGAAGAUGAUGAAUGACAGAUUAUAGCAACCAAUUAAAAAUCUGCCAUAUGAAUAUGGUAGAUGGAUUGUGGCAAAUGGUGAAAGCACUUGUGUGUGUGUAUUGUCUUACUCCCACUUAAGCAAAAACUCUUUGAUUCCAAUGCCUAUCUCUAAGGCUCAAGUUUACAGAUAACCUUUUUCUUUGAUUCCUCUAUCUAAACUAUAUUAUCUGCAAAAAAUAUGCAUUUAUGGGUAAUCUUUUGUAUGGUAAGCACAUUAAAGACCAUAUUAAAUAAGUAAAAACUCAAAGCUAAACCUUGAUGUAAAUUUAUUCUUAUAGGAAAGUUCUUAGUCUCGAAGAGUUCUUGCAGUAGUAAUUAUCUUGUCAUACAUGGCUUUUAUAGCCUAGGUAUAGUUGCAUGAAUAACUUUCUUUUCUAAAGUUUUCCACAAUAUUUCUCAACACUUAAUCACAUGUUUUUUCUAAAUCAAUAAAAGUUUUUUCUGAAGUUUUCCUUAAAUCAAUAUUUCUCAACACUUAAUACAUGUUUUUUUUUCUUUCUAAAUCAAUAAAAACCAUAUGUAAGUUUUAAUUAUGCUCAAUUAUCUUUUUCCUUAAUUACAUAGUGACUUGUAAGUUUUACCCCUAUGUAGUUUAUACAAUUAGAUGUUCCUUGUGCUUUUUAAACAUGCAUAUGAAGCCUUAAAUCAUAAUCUUGAACUUCAUGAACAAACACCAUUACCGUUAAGGCAACAGAUAUCUGUUAACAUUCAACGUGACAAUGUUCAGAAAAAUCUUGUUUUGAAAUUAUUUGUGUAUUGUGAUCCUUGCCAUGUUUGGUAAAUUACACAAGGAAAAUAAUUCUCAUAUUCAUUGAAGUAGCGAUGGCCCAAACUAAUAUUUUUAGUUUGUAAUACACUAUUCAU